AUGUCCGAACUGUCUCAACCGAUGUUCCCAAGAUCUCGGAUCUAUGACGGUGCGGCAGCAUACACAAAACCCAAACCUCCGCCGAUUUCACAGACGAAACUAAGCGGACGAGGGCUAAAGGAUCUCGAUGAUCAUGAUAUCGACGGUUUACUCUCCAACUUGAGCAUUGAAGAACUAGAAGAUCUUAACGAUGAUUUUGAUCCUGACAUGGCUAACGGAUGGGAAAAUAGCAUGGUUGAGAAAGUGUUGCGUUGA